CUGGGGAUUCACAGCCACUAACAGACAACCAGAGGUCCAGAGCGGGGUACUUCGUAGGCUAACUCCACUUCACCGUUCACCGUUCAAUCCACGCCUGUCUUAUGACAGCACCGGGAGCGGUAUUUGUAGGUAGGUAGUCCAGGGUCCUAUUCUGCAGCCAUAGAUCAAUGCUGUUGCGAUCAGAGCCGCAACUGGACACCCCGGGAUUCUGCGUGGAUUGCAUCUGGAACAAGACGGGUGUCAUCUUAGUUUCCACCUGUCGAUUGGAUAGUGAAUGGGACACCCCGGAGUCCGAAGGAGAGGCAACUCCAGCUUCCCCUUCCAGCAAUGGGGCCAGGAUCAUGAUAGUAUAUCAUUCUGUAUGCCCCUCAUCUCCCCACCAUUCACUCGCAACUCAUCGCAAUGACGCCCGACGAGAUUCUCGGCUCCCUUGAAACUUACGGCUACGUGAUCAUCCCGGACCUCAUCCCGCCUCCCCUCCUCGGUCCUCUCCGCGAGGCUUCCUCACGUGUCAUUGCCAGGGCUCGCGAUGAAAGUGAUGCCGGGUGGCCACAUGUACGGGUGGUAGGAAAACAGUUUCCGCCUUGGCCAAAGGACGUACGGGAGGACGUAUGGGGCGUGCAACACAUAAUGCACCCCGACCUGGGCGAGCGAGUAUUUGCGGAGUGGUACGGCUCUCAGCCGGUGCUAGACGCCGUGACCACCAUCCUGGGGUGUGGUGCUAAGGAGCUGCAGCUUGAACUCUUCAACCUCCUUGUCAACCCGACCAAAACAGCGUUCUCACUCGCGUGGCACCGCGACUCUAUUCCGCCCGAGGCGUCGACGGAGGUCGAGAUCCGGCUACUGAAGGCGCCGAGGUAUGGGACACAGUGGAACACCGCGCUGUAUGAUGACUCGUGUCUCCUAGUUGUACCCGGUAGUCACCGACGUCCGCGGACUGACGAGGAACAACGGACGAUGGCGGAGGAUCCAAGAGCCAAGCUGGAAGGGGAGAUUGUGGUCCAUCUCAAGACGAGUGAUACGGUGUUUUAUGACAAUAAUAUCCUGCAUCGCGCGGUUUAUCCUACGGAACCGGUGAGGCAGACAUUGCAUGCGAGUAUGGGCACUGUUGAGGCGGGGGUGGAGAGGGCGAGGAAUAUAUUGCAACAUGAUAUGGAGUGGGUCAGAGAUGUGAGAUUUGAGGGAAGGCUGGAGGGGAUGAUGCAGAAUCUGGUCAGGUUGAGGGAUGAGACGGGGGGCCAAGAGUUGGGGUACAAUCUGGAAUGGUGAGGGAGGAGAGAGAUAAGAUGCAUAUUCGAGCCGACGAAUAGUGUGUACAGAACAUAACAGGCAAAGCCAAAGAAGAAAAUGUCAAUUUACAAAACACCGCUCAAGAAGUCCUGGGUAUCCCAGACAAAGGAAACCUAC